AACAGCCGCCGUCUCCCCGUCGGCCGAGAUUUACAUGCUCCUUUGCCGCUGUCGCCGGUGGUUAUCUGCCUUCGCUCCUCGAUCUUCCAUCUGCCGCCGUCGCCGCCUCUCCUCCAUCUUUCCGUCGCCGCCGGUUGCCGACAUGGGAAAGAGCGUCGCCCGUGGCGGUUCUUCCGAAGCUAAACCCAAGGAGAAACCCUCCCCAGUCUCAUCCCACAAAGACGAGGCCUACCUUGACGCCGUCAUCCAGAAGCGCGUCCGCCUUUUCGAGUCCAUCCAAGCCCAGCAGAAGGCGGAGCGGCUCGAUCUCGACGGGGAAUCCAUUAGAAUAACAUUGCCUGAUGGCACAAUCAAAGAAGGGAAGAAGUGGCUAACGUCACCCAUGGAUAUUGCUAAGGAGAUUUCGAGUGGGUUGGCAGCAAGUGCAUUAAUAGCUCAAGUAAAUGGAAUUCUCUGGGAUAUGACGAGACCUCUUGAGGGUGACUCAAACCUUAAGUUGUUUAAGUUUGAUGAUGCUGAAGGGCGUGACACCUUCUGGCAUUCUAGUGCUCACAUCCUUGGACAGUCCCUUGAGAUGGAGUAUGGGUGCAAGCUAUGCAUUGGGCCAUGUACUACACGAGGGGAGGGUUUCUACUAUGAUGCAUUCUAUGAUGAGUUGACAUUGAACGAGGAACAUUUUAACCAAAUUCAGUCUCGGGCAAGCAAAGCUGUUGGAGAAAAACAACCAUUUGAGCGAAUUGAGGUGUCCAGGGAACAAGCACUUGAAAUGUUUGCUGAAAACAAAUUCAAGGUCGAAAUCAUCAAUGAAUUGCCCGAGGACAAGACAAUUACUGUUUACAGAUGUGGUCCUCUAGUUGAUCUUUGUCGUGGGCCACAUAUUCCCAAUACAUCUUUUGUUAAAGCAAUUGCUUGUCUAAAGGCUUCAUCUUCAUAUUGGAGAGGGAAAUCUGAUCGCGAGAGCCUCCAAAGAGUUUAUGGUAUAUCUUUUCCAGAUUCCAAACGUCUCAAGGAAUAUUUGACCCAGCUAGAGGAAGCAAAGAAACGUGAUCACAGGAUAUUGGGACAGAAUCAAGAGCUUUUCUUUUUCCACCCACUUAGCCCUGGAAGCUGCUUCUUUCUUCCACAUGGAACUAGAAUUUACAACAAGUUAAUUGAGUUCUUGCGAGUACAAUACAGGGAUAGAGGAUAUCAGGAGGUUCUGUCACCAAAUAUCUACAAUAUGCAACUAUGGGAAACUUCAGGACAUGCUGCAAAUUACAAGGACAACAUGUUUGUUUUUGAGAUAGAGAAGCAAGAGUUUGGAUUGAAGCCAAUGAAUUGUCCUGGUCACUGCUUAAUGUUUGAGCACAGAGUUCGUUCGUAUAGAGAAUUGCCUCUUCGGUUGGCUGAUUUUGGUGUUCUGCACAGAAAUGAGCUUAGCGGUGCACUUACUGGUUUAACACGUGUGAGAAGGUUUCAACAAGAUGAUGCUCACAUAUUUUGCAGGGAGAACCAGAUUAAAGAGGAGGUCAAGAACGUUUUGGAUUUCAUUAGUUAUACCUAUGGUAUAUUUGGAUUUACAUUUGAGCUGGAGUUGUCAACGCGUCCUGAAAAGUACUUGGGAGACAUAGAAACAUGGGAUAAAGCUGAGGCUGCUCUCUCAGAAGCUUUAAAUGAAUUUGGGAGGCCAUGGCAGAUCAACGAAGGAGAUGGUGCAUUCUAUGGUCCAAAGAUCGAUAUUGGUGUUUUUGAUGCAUUAAACAGAAAAUUUCAAUGUGCAACUCUACAGUUGGACUUUCAACUUCCUCUUCGCUUCAAAUUGUCUUACUCAGCAGAAGAUGAAGCUAAACUUGAAAGACCUGUGAUGAUUCACAGGGCUAUCUUAGGCUCUGUUGAACGAAUGUUUGCCAUUCUUUUGGAACACUAUAAAGGAAAGUGGCCCUUCUGGCUUAGCCCUCGUCAAGCCAUUGUCUGUCCUGUAUCAGAAAAAUCUCAAAGUUAUGCCCAACAAGUACAUGAUAAGAUACACCAAGCUGGUUAUUAUGUUGAUGCUGACCUAACAGACAGAAAGAUACAGAAAAAGGUACGUGAGGCUCAGUUGGCACAAUACAACUACAUAUUAGUGGUGGGCGAGGAAGAAGCCAAGACCGGACAGGUAAGCGUCCGCGUCAGAGACGGAUCGGAUCAUUCUGUAAUGAGUCUGGAGGCUCUCCUCGAACAUUUCAAGGAGGAAGUUGCAGCCUUCCAUUAAAUGGUUCAAAAAUUGCCAAAGUCUUUUUCAUACUUAUUUUAUUGUGGAUUUAUCUCAAUGCUAGUGGGCUUUGGGUGGGUUAAAGAUUUCAACAGUGAAAUUGUGGAUUUAUCGCAUAUGUACUGUUAGUUCCUAGUUUGAAGCUGACGGCUGCUAUUUAUAGGUUGUCUUAUUUUGUAUUUCCAUACCAUUGUCUUUGUACUAUGAACCACUACUCUGGCCAGAUGAAUUGACGGUGGAUUUGCUUCA